AUAUGGGGGCCCUCUCCAUGGGGGGAAGAGCUGGCUAUACUGUCAAAAGAGCUCAUUUCAUAUAUGUAGACUUCAGUCUCUUACCACAGUGACCUUCAAGCUUUUUAUUAGAAAACUAAAACUAGCACAACAAUUGCCUUUGUUCUUAGCUAGAAAAUCUUGGAACAUGGUUAUUGAGCACUCCAGGGCAAGAUCACUUGGGAGCCUCGUGUAGGCAACUACUGUGCCAAACUAUCUGAUCCUCACCAUUGAGAACAAGUGAUGUUUUCUUCCAUUUGCGUUUUAAAGCUAAAACGCUCUAAUCCUGUCAUAUCAUGAAGAAUAUCUAAUUUUGGUUGCCAGGUCUUUAUUUGUAUGUUGCCUAGCUCCUGAUGAUGAGCAUUUGAUUUCUUCUCGAGUACAACACUUCAAGCUUGUCCUUAUUAAGUGUUACCUUGUUAUUUUCAGACUUCUCCCACCAACCCCAAAUUAUCAGGAUCACUUUAAAUUCUAAUCCUGUCCGUCAAAGUGUUUCCAUCCCCUCUGGGCUUGCCAUGAACCACAAGUUUUGUAAGCGUUUCCAUUGUCUAAAUUGUUAAUGAAAACAUGGCAAAGAACUAGACCCAGCACAGAGCCCUGUGGGCUAUCACUUGAGGUGCCCUCAAGGUAUGACAGUAACCCACUUGCAACUACUUUUGAGUGCUGUUUUUAACCAGUUGUAUAUCCACCUCGUAAUAUAGACCAUAUUUAAUUAGCUUGCUUAUAAAAAUGACAGGUGGAAGCCUCAAAAGCCUUACUCUAAUGAAGAUACCAUUUAUUGCUCCUUCCUUUAUUCACUAAACCAGUCACUGUAAUCACCUGCUAUCAAAGGGGAACCAACAGAAAACAAUUUGCAGAACAGUGCUUUCUCAAGCUACAAGCUUUCAUUCAUGGACUGUGCACCACUUACAACACAAGCUUGUGGCAGGACUCAUCAAGGUUUAAAUGCAACAAAACGCUUUGCUUGGUAUUCUUUGGCUAUUUUUCCAGGAUAUACACCAGAUACAACCUGUGGUGAAGAAGCUGAAGGCAGUGCAUCUUAACAUAAGAUACCCAUGGGCUGAGCUAAUGGGUCAUGUCUCCACCACUGGGAACAUGCGCUUUGUAGUACCUCAAACGCUUUUGAGGUGCCAAAACACGCACAUAGCACGUGUGAAAAGGUUCUCUAGGCUCCAUAUUUGCAGUGCAGAGAACUAAAACUAGAUACUGAGAAAUCCCAAUACUUAAGUUUUUUUUUUUUGUUUUUUUUUUUUUUUGUUUUUUUUUUUUUUUUGUUUUUUUUUUUUUUUUUUUAACUAGGGCAGUGCACAUGGCUGCAGAGUGUGCUGCCUGAAACUGGAGCCUGGGCAGUCAAAGCUGCACUCUGGCUGCCAGGCAGGCUCUGUGCACCCAGAUUGCCACCACUAGCCCUGGGAGGCUGUCAUGAUCCCAGGUAAGGCUGCUGGGGCAACCCAGGUGCUGGCACCAGCUUUCCCUAGUCCACCCAGGGCAACUUACUGUGUACCAGAUUGUGCUUGCAGGGGUGUUCCCCAAGGACAAGUAGCAGUGGCACAAUUAUGUGCUGCUAUUUGUCCCUAGGGAAAUACACAUGCAUGCUUGUGGGGGAUGUGCUCAUGGUGGGUGCCAACUCAGGCCCUUAAGACUGGCCCACAGGGCUAAUUGCGGGUUAAAACUAGACCCACCUCCUGCAGCAGGAUUAACCACAGUGAGUGCAAGUCACUGUGUUGGCCGAGAGCUGCAGAGCUUCAUGCACCCUUGCUGAAACAAUCACAAAAGGAGUUCCAAACCCCAAAAUCUAGCAGUAGGCACCACCUCAGCUCCCCAACUUCCAGUCCUGCUAGGAAAUGUGGGCCAGAUGACAGCUCCACAGGCUAGAGCCAGCCUGUUUGACACCCAAACUGUGUUUGACACACCUGAUUCAGCCAAUAGUUGCAAAGACUUGUUGGCUAUAUGUAGGAAUAGUGAUGGUUAACAUUUCCGAGACUGAGAAGAUGGUUUCAAAUGCCCCUUUCAACACCAACCCAGCCCAGCCUCUGGCUUCUUUACUUUUCAUUCCAUCCAGGAAGAGCACACACCAACUGCUGAAACUUCCUUAGCCUGAUGUACGGUUUUUGAACACGAAAGCUUGCUUAAUAACUAUUCUCCAACUAUUUGGGUUGGUCUAAUAAAAGAUAUCAAAUUCACCCAAGGAACCUUGUCUUUCAACACCACUGAUUUUUACGUUACAAUGACAGUUGGAAAAUGAGGAAGAGCGUGCAGUACAAUUGGAGUGUGGUUGCUGAGGCUCCUGCCUUCUCAGUUUCUUACUGCCCCAGCUUCAUUGGCUUCUGCAUGAUUAUCCAACUCCUGGCUAAAUUUUGUUAAUGCUUAUGCCAAGGUUAAAUAGUUUCUACACUUUGUAUAAAUUUAUCAGCCUUCUGAUUAGUAGUUGUUGUAAACAGACAACACUAUUUGAACUGUUUGGAGAGAACACUGAUUCCUUUAGAGAGACUACUCAACUUGCUGGGGACCACGCAAGAGACCAACUUAAGCACUGCUAUGGACUGAAUGGUUUCUGUUCACCUCCAAGUCAGGUCACUCCCACUCUCUCCCUGCCCUCCUCUCUUAAACUGAAAUUAAAUUAAAGCUGUAGCAACGUAUGUACGUGUCUGAGUCUGGCAUUGCUUCCAAGUUGCAUUGCAAUUUAUUUUUGGCUUUACAGCACUCACACAGAAGCUGACCCGCGAUGAGUUAGCAGCACAACUGAAGGCUGCAAUUUGUACCCUGAAGCAGACCCCUAGAGUGGCACCAGUAAGGAUCCAAACAUGACUAAAGACGAAGAGUUACCAGACUUUCACACAUCCAAGGAAUUUUAUGAGAACUAUGAGCCCAAGGAAAUUCUGGGCAGAGGAGUGAGCAGUGUGGUCCGUCGGUGUAUUCACAAGACAACCAGGCGGGAGUACGCAGUUAAGAUUAUAGACAUCACAGGUGGUAGUAUGUCCCCAGAGGAAGUGCAGGAGCUGCGGGAAGCCACUAUCAAGGAGAUUGACAUUCUUCAGAAGGUCUCGGGACAUCCCCAUGUCAUUCAGCUGAAGGACAGUUAUGUAUCCAGCACCUUUUUCUUCUUAGUGUUUGACCUAAUGAAGAGAGGGGAGCUCUUUGAUUACCUCACAGAGAAAGUCACCUUAAGUGAGAAGGAAACCAGGAAGGUCAUGCGUCCUCUGUUGGAAGUGAUUGGAUAUCUCCAUUCCUUGAACAUUGUCCACAGAGACCUGAAGCCUGAAAACAUUCUCCUGGAUGAUGACAUGAACAUCAAACUAACUGACUUUGGCUUCUCCUGUCAGUUGAAUAAGGAUGCAAAGCUCAAAGAAAUCUGUGGCACUCCUGGCUAUCUGGCACCUGAAAUAUUAGAAUGUUCCAUGGAUGAAGAACAUUUAGGGUAUGGAAAGGAAGUUGACAUGUGGAGUACUGGCGUGAUCAUGUACACGCUGCUAGCUGGCUCCCCACCCUUCUGGCACCGGAAGCAGAUGGUGAUGUUGCGGAUGAUCAUGAGCGGAAAUUACCAGUUUGGGUCUCCAGAGUGGGACGAUCGGUCGGACACAGUCAAAGAUCUGAUUUCUCACUUCCUGGUGGUGAAUCCUCAGAAGCGUUACACAGCCAGCGAAGCUUUGGCUCAUCCAUUCUUUCAGCAGUACAUCGUGGAAGAAGUGCGGAGCUUCAGCCCUUUCAGGAAAUUCAGGGUCAUCUGCUUGACGGUUCUGGCAUCCGUCCGCAUAUACUAUACCUAUCGGAAUGUGAAGCCGGUUACCAAAGAGUUGGUAACGCAGAACCCCUACGCAUUGAAACCCAUUCGCAAACUGAUCGAUGCCUGUGCGUUCAGAAUCUAUGGACAUUGGGUGAAGAAGGGAGAAGCACAGAACAGAGCCGCCCUGUUUGAGAACACCGCCAAGGCAGUUUUGAUGAGCAUAGCAGCAGAGGAAGAGCUAUAUUGAUUUACCUGACUAAAGCUGCACCCACACCGAGUAAGCUUAAGAGUUUGCUAAGAGUUUAAGCAAGUAAAACCUUUGGAAACUAACAGCAGUCUCCUUCAUGGUUUCCUAAGGAAAAUCUCAAUUGAUAACAAUGUCAACACUGUGUGGGUCAAAUAAUGAUAUCCUUUCUUUGCUUCAGUCCUUCGAGUUACCCAUGUAUACAGCCCCUGCAUGGACCCAUUGAACUCCAAUGAGUUGUCUACAUCAGGUAUCUGCAUAUUAUACUGAUUCAGGACAUAUUUAAGAAGUGGCCUCUAAUUUUGCAACUGUAAGUAACUUCAGGUACAAAAGACUCUCAGCAGAGGCAGAUGGACAUCCUAAGCACCACAAGCUAUGCCCAAAAUUAAUUGGACACAAUUUUUUGUACACAAUUCUUUUUUGGCUUGGCAUGACUUUUGAGCACAAAAGUGCAGGGAAGGAAGAAGCAGCCUUUAAAAUGCAGCUCACCAAACAGAAAAGCCCAAAGCAAAAUCCCAGCUCUGAAGUUUGGAUCCAGCUCAAAGUCUGAAUUCUGCAGCUCUGGUCUCUAUUUUAGAGAAAAGCAACCAAAAAAGAAAGGAUGAUAGGGAACAUUAGUGCUACUCAGAUCAUCACCUUGCCCACUCACAGGCAGAACACAGGGGCAUGCUCCCUUCAGAUCCGGUAAGGAAAGAAUUUAAUUAACUACUUUUCAGCCAUGCAGAAGCCUCCGAAGUAAGGUGCACUAUGUUGUUUCUGUCGUUAUCAUUUGCUACAAACAUCCUCAGAAUUUGGGAGCUGUUUGCCCACACUGUUGCAAUCAGCGUGGGUGCAGGGAAUGAAGUUUGAAAAAAAGCUGAUAGGAUUGGGGCCUGCGUGUCUGGCUGAGGCUAACUUGAGAUUUCUAGUUACAAUUAGUUUCUCAUGAAAAGUGCAGAUUUCGGCCAGCUGAAAUGAUUAAUGCAUUAGGAUCACAUUUGACUAAUUGUUUUGGAACAUUUUCAAAGUAAAAUUUUGGAUUUUGCA